AUGCCAAACUACACCAGAACCGAAAUUAAAGUUACUACACAAGCCUGGUUGAAAGAAGCAAAAAAACGAGUAGGCAGAGCAAUUGCCGGUCAAGUGCCAGCUGAUGANCUCAAUUCGCGGCCAUUGCAAGCGAUCAAUGACGAUCCAACGGAUCUCACGGCGCUGACACCCGCGCACUUUCUCAUUGGCACCGCAACAUGUACCAUACCUGAACCGUCGACGCUCGAUUUGUCCAUCUCCGGACUUUCUCGGCUACAGAUGCUGAGAAAUAUGUAUGAGCAUUUUUGGACGAGAUGGUCCUCGGAAUAUCUGCAGGCGCUACAACAUCGACCAAAGUGGCAGAAGAGCAACACCCAGAUUCGCGUCGGACAGUUAUGCGUGAUCCGAUCGGAAUUGACGCCGCCGUGCAAAUGGGCCCUCGCACGCAUAACUCAAGUUCACCCUGGAAAGGAUGGCCUGGUACGAGUGGUAUCAGUGAAAACUGCCACGUCUGUAUUCAAAAGACCUGUCACCAAACUUAGCAUUCUACCACCAGCAGAAGAUGAUUCGCCUAAUAUCGGCGAAGGCGGGCGGAAUGUUCCGGAUUGUGAAUGA